CGCCCUACUACACUGGUUGAUUUCUGACCUACGAACCAAAAAACACCAGCCGAGAGCGGAACCUUGAUGGUUUAACUAAGAUCAUCGCCAUCACAACCCAUAAAUCGAGCAAACAUGGCUGUACCAUCUAAAUAUGCUAGCAACGUUAAGAAAGCCCUUGGUAGCUUAAGACGUAGCAACAAUGAAGGUCUAAGAUGGAGAAUGCUUGAUGAUGCUAAGGGCCAGAAACCUGUUGCUAGCCUAAAAAGAAUUGACUUGGAAGGUCUAAGAUGGAGAGUGUUUGAUGCUAAGGGUCAGGUCCUGGGUAGGUUAGCAUCUCAAAUUGCUACUGUGGUUCAAGGAAAGGAUAAACCGACAUACACACCUAAUCGUGAGGAAGGGGAUAUGUGCAUUGUGGUUAAUGCUAAAGAUAUCUGCGUCACAGGAAGGAAACUUACUGACAAGACUUAUUAUUGGCAUACCGGGUAUGUGGGUCAUCUCAAGGAAAGAUCUUUAAAGGAUCAGAUGGAAAAGGAUCCCACUGAAGUCAUUCGUAAAGCUGUUUUGCGCAUGCUUCCAAGGAACAAACUACGCAAUGACAGAGAUAGAAAACUGAGGAUAUACGCAGGUAGUGAUCAUCCUUUCGGUGACUUGCCUCUUGAACCAUGUGGAAUGCCACCAAUACUUGAACCAUAUGAAAUGCCACCAAGACAAGUUAGGGAAUUGCGACCGCGUGCAAGAAGGGCAAUGAUUAGGGCCGAAAAGAAAUUGGAGCUCCAAAGUCAGGGAAACACUGAUAAUAGAAAAAGCAAGAAGAAAGAGGAAGAAGCAGAAAUUAGUGGCUAAAGGAGAAGAAUACUUACUAAUAGUAUUUUUCUAUUUUGUCAAAGUUAUGCUUUGUUUUUAUGUGUUGGAAAUUUGAAGAAUAAAUUCUUGACUACUCCUAUGUUAUGUUUUGUUCCAACGUUUGAAUGGACAAAUCUGGUACACAUUGAAGUUGGA